UUGUAAGACAGGAAAAAAAGGGAAGAGUGAGGGCGGUCGAGAGAGACAGGAUGCUUGUUUUUCAUUUGACCAAAGCGGUCUGAAGGCAAGACACCGGGGCCUAAGAAAGCGAGCUCUCUGCGGACUCCGCCUGCCCUACCUCCCGCUUCUUCACUCACUUGCUCGUUUGUUAGCUCUUUCUCUCCCCCCCACCCCACCCCCGUUAUAUUCUCCUCCUUCUCGGAACAUAUUUAGUCGGGGGUGGUGGUGAAGAGGGAGGGGGUGAGGGAAGGAGACCGCUCCCCUUCCCUCUAAAGCAGAGGAAAAACACCAGAAGACCCAGCAGGAGGCUGUGAAAGUCCCUGGGACUCCAGCAAGGAAGUGACACUCCCAACAUAACAUCUACUUCAGCUGCCAAGUCCGAAGCGGGGCCCUCCUCCACCCACUGCUUUCCUUUGAUGAGAAACUCUUUGGAUUUCAGGCUAUGCUCUCUCCGCUGCCUCCUCCGGAGCCGGGCUGCGUCCUUCCCCUCCCCCACCCGAAGAGGGGCUGAGCUGAGCCGCCUCGGGUCCGCUUUCAUGUGGAUGUCUCUGAUCCCCAGCCCUUCUCUCCUCCACACCCGAUGUGACCCUCCCGAGCCGUGCUCCAGGCGCUGAUCGAAGGAGGAGAAUCCAUCUUCAGCCCGGUGCCAAGCGGAGGGGGAGGGAGGGACCAGGAGGGGGGUGAACCUCUUUGGGACUAACUCAUGAAGAACAAGGGUGCAAAACAGAAGUUGAAACGAAAAGGUGCUACCGGUGCAUUUGGCUGUGACCUGACGGAAUACCUGGAGACCUCGGGCCAGGAUGUUCCCUAUGUACUGAGGAGCUGUGCAGAAUUUAUUGAGACUCAUGGCAUUGUGGACGGAAUCUACCGACUUUCAGGAGUAACAUCGAACAUCCAAAAACUGAGGCAGGAGUUUGGCUCAGAUCAAUGUCCAGAUCUGACAAGGGAAGUUUACCUUCAGGACAUUCACUGUGUGGGCUCUCUUUGUAAGCUGUACUUUAGGGAGCUGCCCAACCCUCUCCUCACUUAUGAGCUCUAUGAGAAAUUCACGCAAGCAGUAUCACACUGCCCAGAAGAAGAAGGCCAACUGGCCCGAAUCCAAAAUGUCAUCCAGGAGCUUCCCCCUCCACAUUAUAGGACCUUGGAAUACCUGAUCAGGCACCUGACCCACAUCGCCUCCUUCAGCAGCAAGACCAACAUGCACACCAGGAACCUGGCCCUGGUGUGGGCACCAAAUCUUCUCAGGUCUAAGGAAAUCGAAGCUAUUGGCUGUAACGGAGAUGCAGCCUUCCUCGCCGUGCGAGUCCAGCAGGUGGUGAUUGAGUUUAUCUUGAAUCAUGUGGAUCAGAUUUUCAGCAGCUCUCCCUGCUCUGUAGAGAACGAUGAAAACAGGCCAAUUAUGAAAAGUUUGACCCUGCCUGCCCUCUCCCUCCCGAUGAAGUUGGUGAGCCUGGAAGAAGCCCAAGCUCGGAGUCUGGCUACCAACCACCCUGCACGGAAGGAGAGGAGGGAGAAUAGCCUGCCUGAGAUCGUCCCUCCCACCGGAGCCCUCUUCCAUACCGUCCUUGAGCUACCGGACAACAAGAGGAAGCUUUCUAGUAAAUCUAAGAAAUGGAAGUCAAUAUUUAACCUGGGACGAUCUGGCUCAGAUUCAAAAUCAAAGCUGAACCGGAAUGGGAGUGUAUUUGUGAGAGGACAGAGAUUAUCUGUAGAAAAAGCUACCAUCCGACCCGCCAAAAGCAUGGACUCUCUCUGUUCUAUGCCAGUAGAAGGUAAGGACACAAAAGGACAUUUCAAUCGGACAGUCACCACUGGAGGUUUUUUCAUCCCAGCCAUGAAACUGCAGACAACCAGCAGCGGCAGCUCCUGUGACCUUAGCAAGCAGGAAGGUGAAUGGGGCCAGGAGGGAGCUCCAGCUGGCGCGGAGGGGGGCGCAGUUCUGAGUGGCGAAAGAAGCCUGAUCAAGUCUCCUCAGGCCCGUGCCCCACCAGAGCAGCUGAAGGUCUUUCGAGCCGUGGAGGAUCCGGAGAAUGACCAGGCAUCCCCAAAGAUGCUUGCCAUGUUCUACACGUCAAAUGACAGCGCCAGCAAAUCAGUGUUCACCAGCAGCCUCUUCCAGAUGGAGUCGUCGCCUCGGCACCAGCGGAAAGCCCUCAACAUCUCAGAGCCCUUUGCAGUCUCUGUGCCCCUUCGGGUAUCAGCAGUUAUCAGUACCAACAGUACCCCUUGCAGAACACCUCCCAAGGAACUGCAGUCGCUCUCAAGCCUGGAAGAAUCUUCUCUCCAAGGGGCUGAGGGUGGGGGUUGGCCUGGGUUUGAGGAGGAGAAGACACCUGCAGCUGAUGCUUCUGCAGCUUCUGUCCCUCAGAAAUUAAAAACCAUAAAGUCUGAAUCUGUGGAAGAAACGAAACCCGUAGCUGAAAAGGAAAGGACAGUGGAAUGCAGCUGUAAUCAUUCCCCAGAGCCAAGUACCCACCCUGGAGAGAAAGCCAUGGAGAGCUUGCCAUUUUCCACCACACCAGAGAAGAGACAAGAGGCGGAGGGAGCCCCAGACGUCAACGAAAGCCAUCAGAGUGAGCUCAGUGCUCAGCAAGAGAGCCUCAAAGAUAAAAAACAAGAUGCUAUGUUCCUUUCCGAACUGGAUGAAGAUGACUCUUCCAGUCCUCUGAUGUGGCCUGAGAUUCAACAAGAGCUGAAAAUCAUCGAGUCUGAGGAAGAACUCCAAGCCCUACCAUCCUCUGCCCAAAAGAUCAACUCGAGUCAACCAGUCCUUAUUUCAAGUCCAAAGACCACCCUUUCCCCUUGGGCAAGGGGCUUCUCUGAUGACUCCAGCCUGGCUGUCUUCACAAUGGAAGAGACUAUGGAUAAAGUGAUUCAGGUCCCCCCUCCGGAAGGGACUGUUGUCCCUAUAUCGGGAACCAGAGGAGACUCGGAGCAGCUCAACAGUCAGCAGAGGACUGAAGAGAAAAAGCUGUUGUGUGAGCACAAUAGGCAGGAGGACUCUACAAGGACGCCCGUGCUGGAAAUGAUUGCAAUUGACCCUGCUUCUCCACAGGACAGUGCCUUAAUGGGGAGCUCAGGGAGUCUCCCUUCAUCUCCUCCUCCACUAGAGCAAACUCUUCAGAGAGAAGACUCGGUGAUAAAUAGCCCUGUGAGAGAAGAAACUUCAGAGGCAAUGGAAGCAGAUCCUCAUUCAGACCAGACUCUGGUUGUAGAUAGUCCUGAGGAGCCCAGAAGUUCCUACCUGCAAGAAGAAGGUGUCCCAGCCCAGGGUGAAAAGCAAAGUCCUAAGGAGAAGACAGACAAAUUAGGGUCAGGGGGAGAAGGCCUACUAAGGGAAUUUAGGGCCUUACCACAUAAAGAGAGAGAUGCAACCAGUCAAAUGCUAGAAACUUUUGAUUACGAUGAAGAAGACACUUCUGCUGACAUUGCACCACAGAGUUUAGAAAUGGUAGAGCCCUGGGAAGACCACCAGUGGGUUACAAGCCCACUUCAUUCCCCAACACUAAAAGAUCUUCAGGGGGCUCCACCACAAGAUCUUCUCGUCCCAAAUCAAAGAGGGAAGAGGCUCCCUCAUAGACCCACUUUCGUUCAGAGUCAUUCCCUAGAUAGUGAAACUACCAUGAAAAACCAGUGGACUCUUCCAUUUUCUUCAUCCAGUAGCUGUGUCAGUCUGGGGUCAAUGAUGGUUUUUGACCCCUUACAGCUACUGGCACCCAACAGAGAAAAAGCUGAAUGGGAAAAGGCACCAAGACAUUCCAAAGAGCUCUCAGAGUCAGAGGGAACAGAAGAUGGUGUGAAUUCAGGGACAGACAUACAAUCCCAAACAGUAAGAACUAGUCCUGUCUGCUUUACAGAGAAAGAAACAAAAGUAGAUCAAGAAAACCUUCUGCAAGACUCUUCGACGCCCAUGAAUCAAAGAGGUAGUUGUGGCUUAGCAUCAGAGAGCAUUAGGGAAAAUAGUCCAUCUGGAGUUCGGGUCAGGGCCAGUGCUGGAAUGCCUCCUCUUACCAAAGGUGAGUUGCUUCCUUCCCCCAAGUUGCAGCUAAAGAAUCAUGACUGUGCGCCUCCUAAAGGGAAAAAUAGACCUUCUUCCCUCAACCUAGACUGCAUUCCUCUGGUAAAUGACUUCUUUAGGUUUGAGAAUACGACAUCGCUGGGUUCACCUGGACACCAAUUGAAGGAGCAAGGAGAAGCUAAAGGUGAAGAGCCUAACUACCCAUGGUCCCCCAUCUGUAUGACCUCACCUCACAGCACAGCAGACCCCUGGAAAGUUCACGGGGGUCCCCAGGACCUAGACGUGGUCACUCAUGCCUUAACAGGCCGCCGCAAUUCUGCCCCCGUGAGUGUGUCGGCAGUGAGAACUUCCUUUAUGGUGAAAAUGUGCCAGGCCAAGGCGGUGCCAGUCAUCCCACCUAAGGUUCAGUAUACUCAAAUUCCACAGCCACUCCAGGCCCAGAACACAGAGGAAGAUGUACUUUCCUCUGAAGAGAAGGCCAAAGUGGAGGCCAGCCCAACUGGCGAGAUGCCUCUAAAAUCUGCUGGGGAUGAUUCACCUCCUUCCCUGGGGAGAGCUCAAGAGGAGAGCACAACCCAAGAAGGAAAGGGAACCAGUAAUUCCACUCAGAUGGACUCCACUUCUUUUGUAUCUGAUGACCACAUCCUUUCUCCAGACCCAAAGGUGUCUUGCCUCCUCUCUUCCCAGGAUGCUUCAGGACCCUGUAGAAAACGUAUUUCAGAAACAGAACCAUCUGGAGACAAUCCACUUUCUUCAAAAAUUGAGCGGUCAUCCGGGGUUUCCAAACCUUUCCACAGGUCAAGACCAGGAAGACCUCAGAGCUUAAUCUUGUUUAGCCCUCCCUUCCCUAUCAUGGAUCAUCCAUCCUCUUCUUCAGACUCCAAGGUCUUACUUUCCCCUAUCAGAAGCCCUACCCAAACAAUUUCCUCUGGUCUCAUUUGUGGUGAGCUGGCUGAGAACACAUGGGUGACCCCAGAAGGAGUCACACUUAGGAACAAAAUGACUAUCCCUAAGAAUGGCCAGAGACUAGAAACCUCAACCAGUUGCUUUUACCAGCCCCAGAGGAGGUCUGUGAUUCUGGAUGGAAGAAGUGGGAGGCAAAUAGAAUGACAUCAGUUUUCCUACCACUCCUUUACUUCCAGCCUUUUCUUCAUCAAAAAAGACUACAGAGUUCUGUUGAGAUUUGAGUGGGUAUUAUUUUAUGGCCAACUCUGUUAUUCCAGGAGAAAAUUAGCCAGCUUUUGGAUUGUUCAGGCCUUUUGUUUCCCAUCUUUAGCCACUCUACUGGCAGUCGUGAGGCCAUUCAGGUGCUCAUUAAUACUUACCAAGGUGCUCAGUGGAAGGGCAAAAAGAUGAAAUUCAGGUCAGUCCAUUUUCCUGCUUGUUAGUAGCUGAAGGGAAACACGUUCAGCAAGAGAGAUGACUAAAAUGCAAUUUGAAGAUUAUCUUUGAGUUGCAUUUAUUCAUCCAUAUUAUCCUUAUCUAAAGCCAUCGAGAGCUGGCCAUAAUAGUACCUUUUCAACAAAGAAAACGUUUUCUUGUCUCAGAAGACAUUGUUUCUGAGGUUUCUGUUUUCUUGUUUUUCUUUAUAUUAUUUAAUGCUUUUAAAAGCUCAUGCUUCUUUAGUACCCUUUUCUAAUAUGCUAUAUAAAAUUCUACUAUCAGAAAAGAAAGUAGAUUUGGAAAUAUAAACCUACUGUGCCCUUAGAUAUUCAGGCUGGAUGUACACAUAUAUGCUCUCCCUGGUGGUCUCACAACUGUGCAUGCCACCAAGCUGGUGCUCCUGGCUAAAAGUACAGCAUAGACACACACACACACACACACACACACACACACACACACACACACACACUCACAAGUCCUGUGAUUGACACCAAUUAAAAAGAGAAUAUUUUUCUCAUUUCAAUUUAGCAAUGUAUGGAUUUGCCUGCAUUUCCCAUAUAUACCCAGUAACUCAGAGAAAGACACUGAGGGCUAUGGUAGUAAUGGAUACCCUUUUUAUGUGGGAGUUCUUUUGCUUUCCUCCAAAUGUCAGCGUGAAAGAAUAUGGUAUAAUUUAUAAACACCCUGUAUAGAAAAUCUGGCAUGGUGACAAUACCUUGUAGCUAGUGAGGACAGAUUCCUCCCUUAUCUCCUCUUUGAAAGGGGUGAUUCUUAAGGGGGAAGGGAGUUAGGCUAGUAAGGUUACCCCAUUAUUUAUCCCAAGGUAAGAUUCAUCUCAAAAGGAAGAUACACUUUCAUUUUAGCCAACAAAUUAUCCCUUUUCUUUCUGCCAUUUCAAGUUCUCAUGGAUAGAUUUGAGAGAGCCCUUCUUUCCUUAUCCAUCCUUACAUUCAGACAUCCUCCUUGGUCUACUUUUCCCAAAUAUUUAAGCAAGAAUGGAAGAUAACAUUUUGAACAUGAUCUAGAGUCAAAUUGUUGGGAAAAGAACUCCAGUUUCAGGCCUAUAUAAGACCCAAAAAACCUAAAUACCAGUUUAUUUGCUCUACUUCCCCAUUAAAAGAAACCUUACAUUCUGAAGGCCAAAUAUAGCCAUAUCUAUAAUAUAGUCACCUCAGUCAUCCUCAGGUUAAGUUCUAACUGAAUAUACCUAAUACUCUGCCCAGACCACCAAAAAUUCAAAUUCAAAAAGAUAAUGCCUUGGGGGGUGGGGGAGGGGAGAGAGAGAGAGAGAGAGAGAGAGAGAGAGAGAGAGAGAGAGAGAGAGAGAGAGAGUUAGUUAGUUAGUUAGUUAACCUAAAGUGUGUGUGGUGGCAGGUCACAGGGUUGCCUUUGGCUGAUUUUGAUACAUUCCUAGUAGAGGCAUCUGGGUGUACAAUAGGUGAAAAUAACUGAUUAGAUUAUGAAAUUGAUGUCCAAGAAUUUCAAGCGUUGAAAUCGUUUCCUGUGCCAAAGGUACGUUUCCACCAUUAAAAAGAAAAUGAGACACAACAAAAUCAAUCCAUAGACUUGUCAAUUGCUCUUCAGUAGGGACCAUUCUCCCAUCAGCUAUCCCAUACGAACUAUGUGUUGGAACAUAGUUAAAACAUGGGUGAUGACAGCAUCAGCAUUUUGCUUCAGUCAGGAAACCUCAUCUGAGUAAAGGGAUAUUUAAAAUAUGUAUAUUUUGAAUUCUUGAUUAUAACACAUGAGUAUAUUUUUAUUAUUUUGCUAUUAAACUGAAAUGCCAUUGGUUUGCCUAUUAAUAAGUGACUAAACUUUAAGUGCUCCGUGGCUGAUUUCAAAUAAUGUGUGUAUAUAUACACAUUGUAUAUAUGUAUGUGCAUAUACAUACACAUGUAUGUCUUAAUUUUGACUUUAGAUUCUGACUGUUUAUUUAAAGAAACAUCUCCAAAAGCCUAAGUGGAAGUUCUCAAAAUAUACAUUGGAAUUUGCGUAUGGGCAAAUAGGGAUAUUUUUUCUUCUUUUUUUCCCCAAGCCAGUCUAAUCCCACAGGCUUUACAUGCUGACUUUUCCUCAGAUCACCUCUGCUAGAAUUUAGGAAGUUUAUUUUACCAGUAGUCCCUAUGGAUAAAUUGCCAAAAGAAAAUGAUACUUUCUUUAGUCUUCUGCUUGAUUCCUGGAGAAAUAAGUCCUAAGUUUCCUGAAGAAUCUCUCAGGCAUUGUUGAGCAUGCAGGUCUGGUAUUAAAGAAAUCCUUUCAAUAUUUGUAAAUAGCAAAGCAAAUCUAUUUUCUUCCUUUCUCCUCUCCCCAUCCUCCUAAAACUUACUCUUAACACUUUGACAACACUAAGUAAAAAAUGUCCCAUCUGAUGUUAUUGUCCAGUUGAAGAAAAAUACAUGAAAUGAAAUUUAGAUCCCCAAAGAGACAAUAAGAAGUCAGGGAUGGCCCUCUGUGACUAGGUAAGUUAUGAUGCUGGGUCACUUUACAGUGUACCUAUUUCAGGAAGACCUGACAACAUGAUAGACCAAGUCCCAUGCUAGAGAGAAAAUAGUAAUACCAACUACUCAAGGAAUUCCCAAAUUAUUUUAAAUCAGUCUAUACAGAUUUUAUCCCAUUCAAAUAUAUUCUGUAAGUAGAGCAGCAUCUAACUAACAACAAUAAAAAUCCAAGUAGCAAUAGUAAACAUUUACUAAGGGCUAGUUGUGUAGAAGAUUUCAUCACUCUUUCUUUUAAAAAAUAAUAGAUUAGCUAAUUUCUUAUGUAGCUCCAAAUUAUGAACAACAACAACAACAACAAAAAGACUGGCAUUUAAAACGGAGCUUUUAUGGUCUACAAACACCAAUUAAAGAAACUAGGACCAAGAGAGAGGACAGCAGUGCUCAUGUGAUAUUACUCUGUAUGCCUGCCCAUUUCCGGAUAGGUGUUUUCCAAAGGCUAUGUGGUUCCUAUUCUAAGAACAUUCCACACCAAAUGAAGUGUGAAGAGUUAGAUAUUCAUCUCUGCUUGCCCUGCGUAUUUUUUUCCAUUUUCUCCUGGCAAUGGAGAAAAUACUCCAUAAAAGUUUAUUCUAUAGUAUAUACUAGUCAACACUGGGACUAUUUGUUAUUUCUCACACUUGAUCCAUGACCAGUUCACCCCUGUUUCUAAUCAUACAUAUCCCAGAUGAUGUCUUUAAGGUUUAUAUUAUAUAAAUAAAACCAGGAAUAUUUUAGGAGGUGUUUGGACAAUGUUCCAACUUUCAGUAUUUUGCUUUGAUGACUUAGAUGAAUUGGUUCCUAGAUAAGCAGAUAGGUUUUUUGCAUAUUUCAAGUCAGAGCUAAAGUUGAAGUGGUUUUAAAUGACCAUGAUUGGUUCUAUCUCUGGAUCUUAACCUUCUUAUCUGAAAACAGGCAGGUUUGAAUGUGAUUCUCUUCACUGGCUAAUUUUAGGUUUCACUUAGGUUGUAACAAGGUAGAUAAUUGUAUUUAUUUCUAUUGUUUCUUACAUGGCAGCAUCAGAAGUGCUGGCCCAAAUUAGGGGUAGGGGAAGGGAAGGUGGUGAAGAAGGAAUGUUUACUUGUAUCUUGGAGUCUCCUACAUGAUGGGACACUAUUGAUCAUCACAUUUACUUGUCUGGAAUUGGGGUGGAAGAUCUUGGUUAGAUGUAUGACCCACCUAGCUAAAUGAAAGUCAUACACUGUUUUUAUUAUAGCCUCAUCUCUCAAAUGAUGCCUUGGCAUUUAGGGUGAUGUGUUCCCAGAAGGGUAAUUCCAGAUACUUCCUGGCAGGGGCAUGGGAGUGGAUGGGAUGGGACAAGCCAAUCUCUUGGCUGAGAAAGUAUCCCAUACUCAACUCAAUACAGUUCAGUUUUAGCAAACAUGGGGCAGAAAAGAGAAAUGACAGCCUCGGGAGGAGGAGUGAUUAGCUGGGCACUCUACAAUUUCAGAAAGCAUGUAAUUAGGGAUUAUCCCGGUGACAAGCACACAAAAGCCAGUAUUUCUUGAUAAUAAGGAGGGAGAUGUGAAUAAGGGUUGCUUUUCCAAAAAGAAGAGGAAGUCCAUGAAGAACUGCCAUAAUUUUGGAAUGUGUAUUAUUGAAUGAGUCACAAGACUUUGCAAUAAUUUAGCACCAGAGAACUUCCUGAUUCAUGAUUUUAUAAGGUGAAGCACUUUUCCAAAAGGUUUCUAUUUGAAAGCCACAGGAUUUCAGUCAUGUGCUGAAAUCCAUGAAUUUUUUUUUCUAAGGUAAUCUUAAAUUUUUUUUCUGGUUUAAAAUAAAAUGUAUGAAUAAAUAUUACAUUAAGCAUAUACAGAGAAACAUUAUGUGUAAUUAAAGAUAAUUGUUAUGCUUCCAAAAUUUAUACUAAUAAAUAUUUUAAAAUAUA